AUGGAGUCGACGGCGCCAUCCUCCCAGUCAGAUCUGGGAACAGGAAUGUUCUACCGGUCCAUCGAAGCGGAUCUGGACCACUUGAAGCCUGCGCCCCUCUUUCCCACCACGCAUCCACGGCUGAAAAUCAGCUGCCAUUCGAGAUCCGGCGAGCUUGCUUGCCAGCUCCACGCCCCACCGCGCCCCACCGCGCUCUUUUUGGCAUGA